AUGCACGAGCUUUUGCUUUUCGCCUCGGUUCCCGCUCAUCAACACCAUGAAUUAUUGCAGCAGCUCGCUGGCCUGACGGCCAUGCAACCCCGUCAUCGUCUGGAGAGGCGCUUGGUCUUCAAAGCUCACCGAAAACCCGGCCUGAUCAACGCCCGCGGAGGGACUAACCAGGGCGCUGACAUAGUACGCCUCAAUAAGAUGCUCAAUGGGGGCAUGUACUAUACGCAGGUCGUCGGGCCUAUUUCCGAGGCAGAUUUCGACACGCAGCCCUCGUCAUCUGGGGACCCGGACGCACCCAUGUCUGGGACGGAUGAAGCUACAGGCUGCGCAUAUGAUUACGACAGUCAACCCUGGAAGCUCGAGUUCAGGGACAUUCCGGAGGCAGGUACUCGGUCGACCAUUACGGCUCGAUUGGCCGCUAGUGCUACUCUACCCAAAGGUGAUAUUGUGACUCCCAUGAAUGCCUGGGGGUAUAGUUUUGUGACUGAGUACGUGGUUGAAGGAGAUGCCUUCAUCCAUAAUGAUAUUGUGAUUUUUCUUCACCGUGUGCUGCAGUAUCCGAUUCAUGGACAAGAACCACAUGGACCACGGCGCCAGUUGCCCUCGUUUCGAGAUAUGUCGCCCUUGGAGAGGUCCGGGAGUUAUAUCCUGCAAGCUGCUAUAACUGUCCAAGACGGCAGUAAUCAGGAGCUUAUGAGGACGGCAUCUCAGCAUUUAUUUGGGCUACGAGAACAGCUUAAAUCAGCGGUCCGUCUAGAACACGCUGAUAGACUUUCCUUGGACACUCGAGCGAAGUAG